AUGGACAACCAUAUUAAUGCCCACGAUUAUUUCAUAUACAAUCCAACGUACCACGUUGCCAUUUGUAAGAAAUGCGGGCACGCCGUGGUUCCCCGAGAUAUCAUCGGCCAUUUAAGUAAGCGGCGCGGUGAUCAUUAUAUCCCCGAGAGUGUUGCGCAGCGAGUGAAAGAAAUCAUUAUCGAUGAGUGGGACGAAGUACACAACGAGCCCGGUAUAUUCCCCACGCAAGUAGAGCAGCCCAUCGCGGGUUUAACCGUCCAUACCGAUGGGAUUAAGUGUUCAUUUUGCGUGUAUGUAUGUCGAUCCCCCGAGAGUAUUCGGAAGCAUUGGCGGGUUACCCAUCAGUUUUCCCCGUACCAACAGAGUCGGAAACCGCGGCCAUCCGAGACGGCCGCGGGACAGGAGAAGCGAGACCAAGCAAUGCAACGAGUGGUGUGCCAGCGGUUUUUCCGUAGCAAAUUUGGGUCGCAUUACAUCCAUGUUCGACACCCCAGUCCCGCGUGUGAGCCCGCCGCACCACCGCCCCAGGCCAGUCGGGUGGCCCAAGCCAUCGAUAAGAUAGAAGCGAUAUUCGCCCAGCAGCGGCAGCAGCCCGCCGUGAUCCAGGCCGGGGAAAUCGACGAGGCCAACCUAUGGUUAGACCGCACCGGAUGGGCCCGUUAUUUAUACGGCCAGACGCCCAAGGUAUUACGUAUAUGCGUGGAAUCCCCCGCGGACGACGCCGAGGGCCCCGAAGCCACCGUCGGCGCGCACCGACAUAUAGAGCAUCCCAUCGAAGCCAUUACAGGCGUAUAUGCACGAGCACGCCGAGUUAGAGCGCCACGUCGAGCCGUACCAGCGGGUGUUGAUGUUUUUUGCGCGGAUCGUAUCGCAUGGGACGCAUUGUGGCGGGCCGCCCAGUGUCUGCACGCGGGCCGGCCCGUGCAGAACCCCAUCGACGGUGGGGACGACCAACCCCACCGGUUAGAGCCCGUGGAGGCGCGAUGUAUGGAUUUUGUGAUUGAGUUGUUGAACCAGCGGAUCCAGUCGAGUGAGUACGAGUGCGCAUUCGUAUAUGCAUUAGCUGUAUUAGGCGUGAGCGAUCACGAGGGCGGCCGGCCAUGGAAGGAUCCCCACAGUUAUCCGCUGAUAUUAUCUAGUAUGAUCAAGGUUUCGCGGUUUGUGAUCGUGCACAAGGUAUAUUUGUUAGACCCGGACGCCCGCGAGUUAUUCUAG